AGUUACCAUGUGACCUCUUUGCCAUGGCUCCACAUUGAAGGAAGAUAAGAAAAGCUGUGGAAGAUCUUAAAAUUUAGAUCUUGAAUAGGGUGGUCACCAUGUCUUUGAAGAUCCAGACAAGCAAUGUAACCAACAAGAAUGACCCAAAGUCCAUCAACUCUCGGGUCUUCAUUGGAAACCUCAACACAGCUGUGGUGAAGAAGUCAGAUGUGGAGACCAUAUUUUCCAAGUAUGGCCGUGUGGCCGGCUGUUCUGUGCACAAAGGCUAUGCCUUUGUUCAGUAUGCCAAUGAGCGCCAUGCCCGGGCAGCUGUCCUGGGAGAGAAUGGGCGGGUGCUGGCCGGGCAAACCCUGGACAUCAACAUGGCUGGAGAGCCCAAGCCCAACAGGCCCAAGGGGUUGAAGAGAGCGGCAUCUGCCAUAUACAGGAGCACAGCCAGGAUACAGAUGCGGAGGAUGGGGCCUUGCAGUAAGCAGCCUGACAGGAGCGAUGGCCACCGGCAGGAGAAGGGCAUGCACUGUACCAGGCCUCAAGCUGGGCACCCACGCCUGGAUUCCACCCCCAGCGGGUCCCAGAGGAGAGCUGGCAGCAGGCACCUCCUCCCCCACACAUCCCAGCCAGUGCCACAGCCUCUGCAGGUGGAGUUCUGGCCUUGUCUCCUCACGUACUCUCCCUGUCAGGACUGCCCAGGCCAGAGGGCAGAGCACAGAGGUUUCUCCACACUCUGCUUCCCCUCCCCAGGACACUCCCAGGCUUGGGUUUUUUCUAUAGGUUUGGAGAGGGGGAGCCACAGGGAGGGGACUCUGACAAUAAAGAGAUUGGAUCCCAACUUGCUCUGAGAUGGGAUGGUUUGUGUUUUCUGAAGAAGGUACCCUGGCUUUCUUGUCCAACCAGAGAUCAGGUCUGCUGUACCCGCUUCUGUUCGCUCCUUCAUUCCUCCCUUCCAGGGAGUGUUGUCUAGGGUGCCUAAUACUGAUCCGUCUGCGCCUUGGUUUCCACAAAUAACGUAGAGAUAAAAAUGGCCAGUAGGGUUAUUGGGGAGGGUCAGAUGUGCCAGUGCCUAUGAGAACACCUUGGUGGUUGAAGUGCCAAGCAGUUGUGACCCACUUGUCAGGCAGUAGUAGGUCUAGGUGUCAGCUUCUCUAAGUCUGAUCUUUCCCGGUUCUAAAAUGAUUCUACAACCUGCCGCUUCCUCCCCUUCUCUGUCCUGGUUUAGGGCACUGUGUUUUUUCACUCAGGCUUCAUCCACUCACCAGCUUCCCAACCUCCAGCUUCUCUUUGCCCUAUUUCCCACAGGCCAGUGGCCACCACAGUGUUAUUUCUGAAUCCUGUCCCUUCCCUGACUAACUUUUCACCAUCAGGACAGAAUGCCAGCUCCUAAAUGUGGGGUACAUGAUCCUACUUGCCCUGGCCUCUCCUGUCUUUUGCCCCCACCUCUCUUUCCUGACCCCUACACAAACCUUACACCACAGCCACACAAAACAAGCCCUUUGCUCUUAUAGGCAGCAAGAAUUAGAGCCUGUCUCCAGUCACUUCAAGCAAUAGGAAGUUGGUAUCAGGAUAUAUGUGGGCUGUCUGCAGAUAUCCUGGGCCACCUGUCUAGACAUUUGCUCUGUUCUCUAGCACCUGGCUAGGUUCCUUCAACGUCCACUUCUGUCUUAACUUCACCCCUUCCCCUUUAUUCCUCACCACAAAUUGAUCAAUUUCCCCAAUUGUAAGUCCCCAAGAGAGAAUCAACUUCCACAGCAAAUCUUUUUUAAUCACUCAUAGGUUAUAAGUACCCUCCCUGGUCCAGUGAACUGGAUGAUACAAGUGUGGCCACUUAGCCUAGUCUCAUUGGUAUGGUGCCGUGGGUGGGCAAGCACCCAGAAACAUGCUGUUACAAGCCUGGCAUGUACUCUUCUUGCUCCUACUUUCUCCACCUGGGAAGUAUCCACUCAUCAUUAAGCCACUGUUCUAGUGUCACCACCUCUGAGAAGUCUCCCCGACCGGCCCUAUUGCUCUUCGAGAAUUGUUUAUUCUCUCCUCUGGACAGCAUUCUCCAACACAGGGAAUGAAAUCCCAUCAUCAGAAAGGGGUUUGGGCUCUUCCUUCCAUCUUGACAUGUUCUUCAGGCCUGCUAGAAUCCUUAUUGAAAAUCCCCAAUUUCAAACCAACGCGUCUACAACAUAGCCUCCACCAAACCUCCGCCUGGGCUUUGGCUCCAGGUUUUGGUAGAGGAUGGAGCCUGGGCUUGGGACAGUGCUCAGUGCUCAGUCUCCCUAGGGAAGUCUUUGUUGUCUCAUGUCUCCCUCUCUGGGCAGCCCUCCUGCCUGCCAUUGGCAGGCCAGCAGUCUGAAGCCCAAGUGUGGCUCUGUGUUCCCAAGCUAUGCAUGAGCCUGACUAGCCAGCCCCAAGGCAGUCAGAGUUCUGGACCCACAGCUGAGCCAAAUACUCCCAUCCUUGCUUGGCCAUUACCUGUUGGUGUGAUUUGGAGCAAUAUUUCUGCCCCUUCGGAGCUUUAGCUGCCUAGUGAGAUCACAGUCCCCAUAUGUCUGCCUGCCAGGGACCCUAGGCAGCAAGGGGAGAAAGAGUAGAGUCUGAGGCUUUCAGUCUGAGAGAUCCAGACCUGGGGUGAAAAAUAGCCCUUGGAACUGGGCUGGGACCUGGCCCAACUUGGUCAAAACGAAAGGCUUCAGUCUGGAUAGGCUAAGAAGGUGUCCAGAGGAAGGGGCUAGGUCCACAGGGAGUGUCUCAUCCCUCCUUAAGAGCCCUUGGUGGAACAUACCCCUCCAGUUCCUGAACCUCUAAUCUUCCUUGCUGCCGAGCAGGUCAGAGCCCAGCUCUAGCAGACCCACUUGUAUACCUGGUCAGGUCUUCGUGUCCCCACCUAUUCAAGGACUUGGGCAAAGUCCAAAGAAGGGGUUUUGGAGCCUGAUGAACUUCACACUGAGAGCUGGCACUGUGUUCUUGUGUCCCCAGAGCCUAGUGCUCUGUGCACGUUGCACUGUAAUAACAUUCCCAGACUCUACAAGGCCCCACUCAGUAGUGCUUGACUGAGGCACUCACUUUUCAGAGCUUAGGGGACAGGUAGAACAGUGGGGGCCGUGGGCUUCCUUAGUAUGCUAAGCAUAGAGGGUCAUGAGAAGAACAGGGAAGACCCCUUCCAGGACAGGAAGCAUCUGCCCUACCCAGAGACCCUGCUUAAUCACCCUGGUGCCAGGACAUAUCCUGGACAGAGUGAGAAUGGAAUCCCCCUCCAGCACCCCAGAAAAGCUGCUGAACUACUAAAGCCCCUGGGAAAGCUCACAGUUGGCUCCUGAGCCUUGGGAGGUUCACAUCCACAAAAUCCUGUGUCCACAUGCCCACCCUCUCUGUCUUGGGUCAGGAAAGAUUUUCCAUUCCAUUGCUCAAUAGUUAUAAUUUUUGUGUCCAACCUCUGAAAACCAAAAGGAGAUGGUGAAGAAAUGUGAUACCAGAUUCUGCUCAAAGGACCAAUAUUCUCUAGAUGUUUUCAAGAUGUGAAGCCUUGUUUGUCGUCCUAGCAGCCAGCUUGAAGGAAUAUCCCAGCCAGUGCGUUUACUGGGUUGUGUGCUGCCAAUAAGGUUUGUGACCCUGGACAAGUCUUUCCUUAUCUGUAUGAGGGGUUGGCCAAAUCAGGGAUAGUAAAUGGGCCUUAUAUCAGUUCUUAACUGCUAACAAACCACCCUGAAAUUUAAUACCCUUAAUAAACCUUUGUUAGCUUCCUAUUCUUUGGCUUGGCAAUUUGGGCUGUGCUCAUCCAGGUGGUUCUUCUACUUAGCUGGACUCUCACAUGGCUGAAGUGAGCUGGCAGAUUGGCUGGGGGCUGCUUGGUUCCAGGUAACCUCACCCACUUGUCAAGUGGUUGACUGGGCAACAGGGGCAACUAGCCCACGUGUUUCCAGCAUCUAGCAGGCAAUACAGGCUAAGCCCCUAUACGCAAGUGUUCUUCAAGCUCCUGCUUGUGUCAUAUUUAUAAGGUCCCAGUGGCUAAAGCAAGUCGCAUAGCCAAGCCCCAAUUCCUCUUAAUUUGAGGAGCUUCAAAAUAAGGCCAUAAUUUGUUUUUAGUCUAUCUCAGGCCUCAUUUCACUUGCCAUUUCAGAACAUUUAGUAGCAGCUGCUGGAGUGCUUUUUGAGGAUUUGGAGCAGUCUUUAGUAUUAGGAAAUAGUAACAUGAUAAUUUGGACAUGUUUUUUAUGGGCAAGGAAUUGAAAUGUGGUUGUGUGAGUGUAGGUAUUAGCCAACCCUGGCCAGGUUAUAUUCUUUCCCAUAAGGACAUCAUAUACUAUUCACGGGGCCAUCUGACAAGACCACAGAAAUACAGAUGUAGAGCAGGGUGAAAGAUUCUGAGCCAGGCAUCCUGGGUUUGAAUCCCAAUUGGGCCGUUGAUUAACUUUGGACAAAUUAACCCCCCCCCCCCCCCCCGCCCGCCAUGGACACAUUCUUCAUAAUGGAGUUAUCCCAUAAUAACAAUAAACCGCUUCCUGGUGUAGUGUGAACUUUUGGUUACAAGUAAUAAAAACUGAACUCAAAUGUGCUUAAGCAGGAGAAAGUUUACUGUUUCACAAAUUGAAAAGUCCGGGGGUAGAUAUUCAGACCCAGGGCUUCAAGAACUGCCAUCAGAAAUUUCUCUAUUCCUCAGCUUUGCUUGCUCUGUUGAUGUCGUUCUCAGGCAGGUUCUAAGUGGUGGCAGAGGGUGGGCCACAGGGCCUGUGAGAGCAGAGGAGGAGAAGGGAGAAUCCCCAAAAGGAAAAUUUGAGUUCUAGUGCUGGAAGAAAGGAGGCUUGGGUUGCCAAAAGCUUCAGGUUUUCAUUAUGUGGUUGUGCCCAUUUUAUAGAUUUUGUAGAUGCUUCUAAAAAGGACAUGGCCCCAUUGGCAGAUGGAGUCUAUAUCCUCUCCCCUUUAUCUAGACUCUGUGGCUUUUUGAUCAAUAGAAUACAGUGAUGAUGGUGAUGCUAUCUAUACCAGUCUCCCAGUCCUGCUCUUAAGAACUAGCAGUUUCCACUUGUAUCUCGUGACCCAGCCACUCACUAUGCCCAGGCCACAUGGAGGGGCCAUGUGUACAUGUUCCAGCUGACAGCCAUAUCAGCUGUCAGACUUGAGUGAGGAGGCCUUCGAGUUGCCUCCAGCUAAGCCACUAGUCUGAUUGAGAACUUAGUAAGAACUGCCUAACUGACCCCAGUCAAAGCUCAGCACCAUGAGGGAUAAUAAAUGAUUGUUGUUGUUUAAGCCACUUAAGUUUGGAGUGAGUUGUUCUAUAUCAGUAGAUAACCAGAACACUAACAGACUCAAAGAGGUUAAGUAGCUUGCUCUACUUUAAGGGGACUGGGUUAAGAGUAUAGACUUUGUGUUGAACUGAGUUCCUUUCCACACUAUUUGUUGUUAAGCAAGUCACUUAAUCUCUCUGAGCCUCAUCUUCCUCAUCUGAAAAAGAAAGGAGCACAUCCUUAUUAUGACAAUAUUUAAUAAAUGAGAGCACUUACUAUUACCUAAUCCAGAUUCAGGUGAUUUUUCUCUUAAAAAAUAAAAGAGCAUAAUUUUCUUUA